ACAAGGAAAUGACCUCUGGCCGCCCGGUCCAUGACAUCACAAGUUCCGCGUUCAUUCAUGAGGAGCUGAAUGAGAAGAGCGACCUUACUAUUUUCAAGGAUUUCGUGUUUUUUAAUGGUCUCUGUGUCACGCAAAGCGCGCUGUUGUUUCGAGCAAGAUCGGUGGAGUGAACCUGAUCACCGACAUGUCGGGGGAAGGAAGUUCUCUGGAUGGGAACGGCAAGGUUAGUCGGGUCAUCCGGAUUGGAACCCGCAAGAGCCAGUUGGCUCGCAUCCAGACUGACAGUGUGGCAGACAAGUUGAAAGAACUGUACCCCGACGUCCACUUGGAAAUAGUUGCCAUGUCAACGAUAGGAGACAAAAUCCUUGACACAGCUUUAUCAAAGAUUGGAGAAAAGAGUUUGUUCACCAAAGAGUUGGAGAGCGCUCUGGAGAGGAACGAGGUCGACCUGGUUGUUCACUCCCUGAAGGACCUUCCCACCACUCUGCCUGCAGGAUUCACCAUCGGGGCUGUGCUGAAAAGAGAAAACCCCCAUGAUGCAGCGGUAUUACACCCCAAACAUUCCAGGAAAACUCUUGAGACUCUGCCAAAGAACAGUGUGAUCGGCACCAGUUCACUGCGCCGCGCCGCUCAGUUGAAGAAGAGAUUCCCCCACCUGGAGUUUAAAGAUAUUCGUGGGAACCUGAACACGCGUCUGAAGAAGCUGGAUGAGAAGGAGGACUUUGCUGCCAUCAUCCUGGCUGCUGCUGGCCUCAAGAGAAUGGGCUGGGACAACCGGAUCAGCCAGAUCCUGGGGCCUGAAGACUGUAUGUAUGCUGUUGGACAGGGGGCUCUGGCGGUGGAGGUUCGGGCCAGAGAUACAGACAUCUUGGAGAUGGUGUCAGUCCUCCACGACCCAGACACUGUGCUGCGCUGCAUCACUGAGAGAGCUUUCCUCAGACACCUGGAGGGGGGGUGCAGUGUUCCGGUGGCUGUACACACCGAAAUUAAGGACUCUCAGCUCUACCUGACGGGGGCAGUAUUCAGCCUGGACGGGUCAGACAGUCUGAAGGAGACCAUGCAGACUAGCAUUGCUGCUGAUGACAAGAGCAUCGAUGAGGUGGACGAGCGGGUCCAGCGUGUGGGAGUCACAGCCAGCAAGAUCUCUGGUGAAGCCCAGGACCGGGCUGAGCGCCUGGGGGUCGACCUGGCCAAUUUACUGCUGAUCAAAGGAGCCAAGGAGAUCUUGACGGUUGCCCGGCAGCUCAACGACGCCAGAUAAUCCUGCCCGGCGGAAGGCGGCAGGGCUCUGGAGGUGAUCGGGUCCUUGAGUGCAGACUGUCACAGCCUUGUGUAAAAUCUUGAAUUCCUUUUUUAAUUUUGUUACAGAUUUGACAGAUUGAGAAAAAGAACGGUGACUUUCUGGUGCACCAGAGGAGCUCAGUCAAAUCAAUGUUUGAGGAUUUUAAACACGACUUGGACCAAAGUUGUGUUUAGUUAAUCCAGUACCUCAUGGAACAUCUCCUGAGCCAUGUAGAAACUGCCUUAACACAAAAUGGCCUUUAAACAUUUUUGUCAGCACCUUUUUUGUUUAUUUUUUUUAAUGCAUAUCAGUAUCAGUAUAUUAAAUGGGAUGCCAUUUAAAUUCAGCAUUCUCAAAUAUUUUCCAAUAUAACCGAGGAUGUUUCAUCUUUAGAGUUCCUCUCUUAGCUGCAUUCUCAUUUGGAAAGGCUGACAUUUGAUGGUACCAAAGAUAAGGUUCUGGGCACGAGUGCACACUGUGUGGCUCGGAGCAGGCAACACUGCACUAAAUGGGCCUCAUUGAGGUGUGAACGUUGAGAAAUGUAGAUAUAAAUGUAAAUGUGAUCUUAAACAGUAACUUUUCUACGUAGCUUCACUUCUCCAUUCAGUUCUACCUCUUUCACAGAGGGAGAAUAUUUAUAAUAUAUAUGAUGAGAAGCACGAGGGAGAACCUAGUGUUACUCCACCAGAGGCACAGCUCGUGAUGCUCAGUUUGUACUGAACACAAACAAAGUGUCGUCCAACUACACGACUGGAGAUUACUUGUUAAACGCUGGAGCAAUCCCUGCAAUCCUGUUUUCAGUUUUCUGCUCAGAUUUUAAAUGUGCACUAGGCUGUUGUACAACAGCAGUUUGUCCUGUUCAUGCUUUGCUGAUGUUGAAUCUUGGCAGCACCACGUUAAGCUUAUGAUUUUUAAAUACGGUGUAAAUACUACAGUAGUAAGACCGACUGUUUACAAGGUAAAGGCCACUGCAGCAAACUCAUUGACUGUGUUAGAGAAGUUAAGGGGCCAAACAAACAAGUUGUUUAUUUAAACUGUAAGGCUUUUGCGGCUGUAUUGCUCCACUCAUUACACUGACUGAUUAAUGGCCAUUAUCUCAUUCAUGCAACAUACAAGUUGUGUUCUCCUAAAGCACCAUUGCAUUCAACAAACAAAACUAAUAUAUACUUUGGUGAAUGCAGUGCAUGUCUGUAUAGUGCAUCCACAGCUAUUCAAAAUGUUUUUGUUUGUAUCAAAUUAACAAAGAAAUGAAUGAAAUAUUUGUAUUUGCUGUAAUGUUGUCACUGAAGUGUUUCCAAAAGCAAAAUAUUUAGAAAGUUGUAGACCUUAAGGACUUGAAUGCCAUUUUUUGUCUUAGUUUCUGUCAAAGUGCCAUCUCAGUAAAUGUAUUUCUGCAUAUCUGCCUUACAUAGAGCAAUGCCUGCUUUCUCUUCCUUCAUUCUGCAUCAGUGUACCCACUGUACAUUUAGUGUGUUGCCAUAUUUUAUUUCUUUUAUUUUAUAGGUUUUUAUUGUAUAUUAUAGUUAAGUUAAACCUCCUGAGACAAUAUGAAGCAAUGUUAGCCAUUUUUUGUUUUUCAGCUUUAAGUUCUGUAUGAAUUAACAUAGAAUGUUUCUGUAUUUAGAUUCUUUAUCACAGUACUUAUUGUUGCGUCAAUCCGUUAAUGACAAAAUGUUCACAUUGUAUCGUCGAGGUUUCUUUUUGGCACUUGAUGUACACAUCAUGUCAAAUUAAAUAAUCAAAUGUCAAUAAAGCUGUGUGUUAUACCUG